AAUCCUUAAAAGCAACUUAUUCCAACUCUAACCAUUAGUUGUCUCUUGUCGUCACUGUUGUCACUUCUUUAAAAUGGCCCAGAACAAAAUUGCAGAUCUCUAUCGUUGGGUGGAUGCCUCCAUCACCGACGAAAAAUUUCCUGUCACGGCCUUUGCAAUCGGUACCGACAGCCAAGGCCAUGUUGUUUACAUGGGAAGAGCAUACUUUAAUGACAUUUUGGGUCCUGUCCACGUUGUCCCACAGCGCAAAAUAGCUUACUUACCUAAUAAAGGCAAAGAGCAUCGUGUUGAAAAAUUUCAACUUUUGUGUUUGAACCAUUUCAAAUGGGUGCCAAGUACGGGCGGAAAAGUACUUCCAGGGGCGGUACAAGGUGGUCGUAAUCCCUACGGUUUACCUCUGUAUGUUGCCAGAGUGUCCCAUCAAGGAGGUUCAUUUGUUGGAGUGGUACAUCCAAGGGGAGAAACUGGCUCUUUUCCUUACCAAGGAAAGCAAAUUAAAACGCAGGAUUACCAGGCCUUGAUCACACACUUUUAUGACGAAUAAAUGUGGAUUUUAUAUCACAAAAGAAGUUUCAUCUAUCAAAAAUGAACGGGUGCUCAUUUUUCGUAGAUGAAACUUCUUUCUUCUUGCAUUAUUCAAUUUAUAUUGUAAGACAGUUGUAAAUUGAUAAUAUACUUAUUUUAACACGAAA